GGAAGUAGAAGAAUAAAGUUAAACAACAUGGCGGCUCCCACUGUGCUGUCAUGCCGAGCAGAGAUGAGACAAACUUGACUGUUUUCUUAACUACAAUUUGUCCAGGUGAGUCGUGGGUCAGUUUUAACUCGUGAAGACGCUGUGAGAAGAAGAAUAGUUCAUGUUGGCGACAGUUUGUGUCAGCAUGACUGCAGUCUGGAGGGGGAAGGUCAGGACUCUGCUCCCUCUGACCAGGAGACUGACCACCGACCAGGGGGGGACUCAACCUCCUCCAGCCGGGCCCCUAUCUUCUACCCCGGAUAGUCAACCACCGCAGCGGAGAACCAGGAAAGACCCCAGCGGCUGCUCCGUGUUCCUGUUCCCCGGCCAGGGCAGCCAGUAUGUGGGCAUGGGCAGGGGGCUGCUGAAGUACCCCAACGUCAAGGAGAUGUUCUCGGUGGCGGAGAAGAUCCUCGGCUACGACCUGCUGGCUCUGUGCCUGCAGGGGCCCGAGGAGGAGCUGCAGAAGACGGUGCACUGCCAGCCGGCCGUGUUCGUCACGUCUCUGGCUGCGGUGGAGAGGCUCCACCAGGAAAACCCCAGGGCCGUUGAGACAUGUGUUGCUGCUGCAGGUUUCAGUGUUGGAGAAUUUGCUGCGCUUGUCUUUUCUGGUGCCAUGGACUUUGCAGAAGCUCUGUAUGCGGUGAAGGUUCGUGCGGAGGCCAUGCAGAAAGCAUCAGAGCUAGUUCCCAGUGGGAUGCUGUCAGUGAUGGGUAAACCUCAGGCUCAGUACAAAUAUGCCUGUCUGCAGGCUAAAGAGCACUGCGGCAGUCUGGGGGUGGAGGAGCCGGUGUGCUCUGUGGCCAACUACCUGUUCCCUGACGGCAGGGUCAUCGCAGGACACCAGCAGGCUCUGGAUUUCCUCCAGCAGAACUCAAGACGUCUACAGUUCAUCAGGACCAAACCUCUUCCAGUCAGCGGAGCUUUCCACACCGAGCUGAUGGCGUUGGCUACUGAACCCCUCAGAGAGGUGCUGAGGCAGGUGGAGGUGCGACGUCCUGAGAUCAACAUCUACUCCAACGUGGAUGGAAAACGUUACAUGAAUGAGAAUCACGUACGACGGCAGCUGGUCAAGCAGCUGGUGUCGCCGGUGAAAUGGGAGCAAACUCUGCACGAGAUCUACGAGAGGACGCAGGGGCAGAACUUCCCUGACACCUACGAGGUCGGACCUGGAAAGCAGCUGGGCGCUACGCUACAGAAAUGCAACCGCAAAGCCUUCAAAACAUACGCUAAUGUGGUCGUCAGCAGCGCGUAUGACGACUGAUAAUGCAGAGACAUGGACUCAGCGAUUAAAACAAGCUCUCGUCAAAACUGCAAUGUCCUGACCUUGCUUCUUAAUGCUCUUGUCUAUGUGUCAAUCUGUAAUUAAAUUCAUGUUUUUUUCAAUUAAUAA